AUGAGCAGUCGACGUCUAGCACCGGCGGACAGGCCCACGUGGUCUCAUGAACAGCUAGAUCGUGAGCUUGCCAUAACACUCGGAUUUGCCCUUGACGCUUCCUCGGCUCUCGCUUAUUCCUCUGCCCUUAACGCCUACACCACCUUCUGCCGUAAACACGAGUUUCCUAUUAAACCUGCCCCAGAGACUUUUGCCCGGUUCAUCGUCUAUAUGCAACACUUUGUAUCUCCAAAAACGAUUAAUUCAUAUCUUUCUGGAAUCUGCAACCAACUCGAGAAUCUCUAUCCCGACGUCCGCUCAAUUCGCCGCUCUCCCAUGGUUGCCAAGACCAUGAAAGGCUCUUUUCGUCGUUUUCAAACGCCUUCGAACCGCAAAGAUCCGUUAUCUCGCGCGGAUCUGCUCCGUGCUUGCACCACUCUGAACCCGGCCACCGUUUUCGACGACGCGCUGUUUAUCGCUCAGCUUCUUGUUGGUUUCUACGCGUUGAUGCGCUCCGGCGAACUUGUACGUCCCGAUCGUAGGGAGCUACAUGAUUACAACAAACUAUCCAUGCGACACUCUGUCAAAAUGUCAACUUCCUCGAUUUCGUUCACUCUCCCGCGUCACAAGGCGGAUACUACCUUCGAAGCUCUCGCCGAAGAUGGCGUGCCGUUUGACCAGAUUCAAGCGCUAGGGAGAUGGUCUUCUGAUGCUUUCAAGAUUUACAUCAGGAAGCACCCCGCCCUUCUCGCGUCUGCCAUGCUCGCGCGCUAG